UCUCUAAGCUUCAUUGGGCUCUUGUGAGGAAGCCCAUUUGAAAUUACAGAGUUACAUAAGGUUCUCAAGUCAAAUUCCCAAAACCCCUUCAACAUUAGGGUUUACUGCAACUCUAACUUCGCCACCGAAAUCAAGUUUCUGCAGCUAUGCCUCAGGGAGAUUACAUUGAGCUUCACAGGAAGCGUUAUGGCUACCGUCCCGAUCACUUCGAGCGCAAGCGCAAGAAGGAGGCGCGUGAAGUCCACAAACGCUCUUCCAUUGCCCAGAAGGCAUUGGGUAUUAAGGGUAAGAUGUUCGCUAAGAAGCGUUAUGCUGAAAAGGCUCAGAUGAAAAGAACAUUGGCUAUGCACGAGGAGUCAACAAGCAGGCGUAAGGUGGAUGAUGAUGUUCAUGAGGGAGCUGUUCCUUCAUAUUUGCUGGAUCGUGAAAACACAACCCGAGCCAAGGUUCUUAGCAACACCAUUAAGCAGAAGAGAAAAGAGAAAGCUGGGAAGUGGGAGGUCCCUCUACCUAAGGUAAGGCCUGUGGCUGAAGAUGAGAUGUUCAAAGUGCUCAGAACUGGAAAACGCAAGACUAAACAAUGGAAGAGAAUGAUUACAAAAGCCACAUUUGUGGGACCUAGUUUUACAAGGAAGCCUCCAAAGUAUGAGCGGUUUAUUCGUCCUAGUGGACUUCGAUUCACAAAGGCUCAUGUAACUCACCCUGAACUAAAAUGCACAUUCAAUCUCGAGAUAAUUGCAGUAAAGAAAAAUCCCAAUGGGCAAAUGUACACCUCUCUUGGUGUCUUAACAAGGGGUACCAUUGUGGAGGUAAAUGUGAGUGAGCUUGGUUUAGUAACUCCAGCAGGAAAAGUUGUAUGGGGGAAAUACGCUCAGGUGACAAACAAUCCAGAGAACGACGGAUGUGUAAAUGCGGUAUUGCUUGUCUAGGAGGGUUUGAGAAUGUUCUGGUGAAAUACUAAGCGUACCUUGAACCUGAAUUAGAGAACCAAAAUUUUGUUAUGAUACAUUUUUCUUUGUAAUUUAAGAACUCGUUUGUUUUAAGUAAUACAUUAAAGCUCAUUAUCUCUUUAUGUUCUCAA